AUGCAAGAGAAGAAACCUUUGAAGAAGUUACGUAAAAAGCAAAACCUGAUCCUGGCUACACUCCAGGCGAUGUCCAGAAAGGAAAUCGGGAAGAUCUUACGUUGCAAGGUUAAUGCGUUGUGCGUCAUUGAGAUCCAUUCCAGGGAUACUGUUGAAAAGAUGUAUAAGAUGGGUUGUAUGACAGUAUCCGCAUUCGAAUGGUUCUCACAGUUGAAAUUCUACUGGGACCGUGAGAGGGAAGACUGCUACAUCAGGCAGACCAACACUAGCUCAGUUUAUACUUAUGAGUACAUUGGGAAUUCUGGCCGACUCGUCAUAACUCCUCUAACAGACAGAUGUUACAUAACACUAACCACUGCACUGAACCUAUUCCGCGGCGGGAGUCCCCAGGGCCCCGCAGGCACUGGUAAGACGGAAACGGUGAAGGAUCUUGGCAGAGCCUUAGCUAGAUGGGUAGUGGUUACCAACUGCUCCGACGGACUGGACUACAAAGCGAUGAGCAAGACGUUUGCGGGAAUUGCUCAAAGUGGUUGCUGGGGUUGCUUCGACGAGUUUAAUCGGAUCAACAUAGAAGUACUCUCGGUAGUGGCUCAACAAAUCUUAGCAGUACUCUUGGCGCUAUCGCUCUUUAUGAAAAGGUUCGUCUUUGACGGCAGCGAUAUCAAGUUGGAUGGAAACUGCGGGAUUUUCAUUACAAUGAAUCCAGGGUAA